GUUCGCAGUAGGCUUCCGGGCGCACGCUGUCGCCGCGCUCACACCGGAAUUCCCGGUGCUGCGGCUGUCGGCGUCCGUGCGCACAUCUCUGCCGCAGCCAUGGGGAUCUUGGAGAAGAUCUCGGAGAUCGAGAAAGAAAUUGCUCGGACGCAGAAGAACAAGGCCACCGAGUAUCACCUUGGCCUGCUGAAAGCAAAACUUGCCAAGUAUCGAGCCCAGCUCUUGGAACCAUCCAAAUCAGCCUCAACCAAAGGAGAAGGCUUCGAUGUCAUGAAGUCAGGUGAUGCCCGAGUGGCACUGAUUGGAUUUCCCUCUGUGGGUAAGUCCACCUUCCUGAGUCUGAUGACCUCCACGGCCAGUGAAGCUGCAUCCUAUGAGUUCACCACUUUGACGUGUAUCCCUGGGGUCAUUGAGUACAAAGGUGCCAACAUCCAGCUCUUGGACCUUCCUGGAAUCAUUGAAGGCGCAGCACAAGGGAAAGGUCGUGGCCGUCAAGUGAUUGCUGUGGCGCGUACGGCUGAUGUUGUCAUCAUGAUGCUGGAUGCCACCAAGGGAGAGGUGCAGAGGGGUCUGCUGGAGAAGGAGCUGGAGUCAGUGGGCAUCCGCCUCAACAAGCACAAGCCCAACAUCUACUUCAAGCCCAAGAAAGGUGGUGGCAUCUCCUUCAACUCAACAGUCACGCUGACCCAGUGUUCGGAGAAGCUUGUGCAGCUCAUCCUGCAUGAGUAUAAGAUCUUCAAUGCAGAGGUGCUUUUCCGAGAAGAUUGCUCCCCAGAUGAGUUCAUCGAUGUGAUCGUGGGCAACCGGGUGUACAUGCCCUGCCUGUAUGUGUAUAACAAAAUUGACCAGAUCUCCAUGGAAGAAGUGGACCGUCUGGCCCGGAAACCCAACAGUGUAGUCAUCAGCUGUGGCAUGAAACUGAACCUGGACUACCUGCUGGAGAUGCUUUGGGAGUACUUGGCCCUGACCUGCAUCUAUACCAAGAAGAGAGGACAGAGGCCAGACUUCACAGAUGCCAUCAUUCUCCGGAAAGGGGCCUCUGUGGAGCAUGUGUGCCACCGCAUCCACCGGUCACUCGCCAGCCAGUUCAAGUAUGCCCUGGUGUGGGGCACCAGCACCAAGUAUAGCCCACAGCGAGUGGGCCUCACCCACACCAUGGAACACGAGGAUGUCAUCCAGAUUGUGAAGAAGUAGCAGCGCCUGCCAGCCUCGUCGCCUGAGAAGGUGUCCCCCCUGGGACACACAAAAGCCCAAACAGGAAAAACACAGAUACAUAUGCCCCAGGAAAGGGUUCCCUCGAAUUUCUGCUGUUUCCAGAAGCUUCUUCAGUAGGCAGAUGAUGAAGAAUGUUGGGACAGAGGGGUGAGGUUGAGGGACUUGGGCUUUGUUGGGGACAUUUCCCAUGAGCCUGAUCCCCCUGGUGGGUUUCCAUGUUGGGAACUCGUAGCCUAUAUCCCUACCCCUGAUCCCUGUUGGGCACUGAGGGAGCAAGUUACCUACUUACUCCCCAACCAGGGCCUAAAACUGGUGGCAGGCUCCAUGCUGGUUGGGGAGAUGGGUCCCUGAGGCUGUAGCUACUGUCAGGGUACCUUGUUCCCUCAGCUCCUGCCAGCUUCUCUGGUACUCCAGGAAAGGGCUUUCCUAGGACAAAAGCCCCAUAAGUACCCCCCACAUGGGGCUGUCCCCCCACAUGGGGCUGUCCCAUGGUGGAAACCAGAUCACAACCUGAGUGGUCCUAAAGUGCCUCCCUUCCCAGGGCAGCCCCUGCCCAGCACAAACCCCAGGACCCUGCCCUGCACACCUGGGACUGAUGAGUCUGGACUCUUGUUUUCUCUCUAAGCCCCUUGCUUUCCUAUCUAAAAUAAAGGAAUAAAAGUUA